AUGUACAUAUCUCGAUAUUUCGUUUUAAUAAACAAUUUAUUUUUCAGAAAAAGUGUUACAAAAAUAUUAUUUGUACCUUAUGCUUUGCCAGACCAUGAUGCCUACACAGAUGUGGUUAGAAAUGCCUUAUCACCUUGGGGUUAUGAAGUGGAAGGUAUCCACACCAAACCCAAUGCAGUUGAAGCUAUUGCCUCAGCUCAAGCUAUAUUUGUGGGCGGUGGUAAUUCAUUUGUUCUAUUAAAAACUUUAUACGAUCUAAAUCUUGUAGAAGCUAUAAAAGAACAAACAUUAAAUAAAGGCACUCCAUAUAUGGGGAGUAGUGCAGGCACUAACGUUGCUACACGUUCAAUAAAUACCACAAACGAUAUGCCUAUGGCUUAUCCUCCCACAUUUGAGGCCUUAAAUUUAGUACCUUUUAAUAUAAAUCCCCAUUAUUUGGAAACUGAUCCAAAUACUGAACAUAAAGGUGAGACCAGGGAUCAACGUUUGGAAGAAUUUUUACUUAUUCAUAAAAGGCCGGUGUUGGGUUUACGUGAGGGUACUGCUGUUCUUGUAGAAGGUGAUAAAGCUACUUUGAUUGGUGACAGAAGAGCGAAGUUGUUUAGACCUAAUUUGGAACCAAUUGAAUUUGAACCCAACUCAGAUUUAAGUUUUUUAUUAAAUGAUUUAUAAAUGUUUAAACACCAAUAUUAAAGAGUAUCUUCUAAAUACAUAUAACAAAUAAACAACAAAGAGUUUUUAAGAAACAUAUUUUCCUAAUUAACUCCUAAUAUUGUUACUAUUGACAGCUUAAUAUUUAUCAAAAAUUUAACUGCUCAAAAGUUAUACUUUGGCUCAAAAUAUACAUUAAUAAAAUAGAACAUAU